UGAACAGCGUUCGAGUCACCGGAAGCGUCGCUUCUGCGCGUUUCUCCUUGGAAGGUGGCGGAAUGGGUCGCAGAGGAGCGUCAGCCGGAGCCUGAAUUUAAAAAAUAACUCGCAAAAAACCAUAACCGAGAAGCCGACACAGGAGCUCGUCACAGCACAGAAAGCAAGAGGAAACAGGAACCAAAAUGAAGAGAGACGUCAGGAUCCUCCUGCUGGGGGAGCCCAAGGUGGGGAAGACAUCGCUGAUCAUGUGUUUAGUGGGGGAGGAGUUUCCUGAGGAGGUGCCCCUGCGGGCUGAGGAGAUCACCAUCCCAGCUGAUGUCACGCCAGAGAAGGUGCCCACACACAUCGUCGACUACUCAGAGAGCGAACAGUCCGACGAGGUGCUGCAGGAGGAGAUCAUCAAGGCCAAUGUGGUGUGUAUAGUGUACGAUGUCACCAAAGAGGACACCAUUGAGAAGAUCAGGACGAAGUGGAUUCCCCUUGUGAAUGGAGACGCAGAGAAAGGAAAUAAGAUUCCAGUGAUCCUCGUGGGGAACAAGUCGGACUUGCGGUCUGGGAGCUCCAUGGAGUCCAUCCUGCCCAUCAUGAACCAGUUCUCCGAGAUCGAGACCUGCGUGGAGUGCUCAGCCAAGAACCUCAAGAACAUCUCGGAGCUCUUUUACUACGCCCAGAAAGCCGUGCUGCACCCCACUGCCCCCCUCUACGACCCUGAAGAGAAGCAGCUGAGGCCCAUGUGUGUUCGUGCCCUGAGCCGAAUCUUCGCCAUCUCCGACCAGGACGAUGAUGGAGUCCUCAGUGAUGGCGAGCUCAACUCCUUUCAGAAAUCCUGCUUCGGGAAUCCCCUGGCCCCGCAGGCCCUGGAGGACGUGAAAACUGUGGUGUGGAAGAACACCAGCGACGGGGUCCGGGACAACGGCCUCACGCUGAACGGGUUCCUGUUCCUUAACACGCUGUUCAUCCAGAGAGGCCGGCACGAGACCACCUGGACCAUCCUGAGGAAGUUUGGCUACGAUGAUUCCCUGGAGCUGACGGACGACUACCUGUACCCUCACCUGCGGGUUCCCUCAGGCUGCAGCACGGAGCUCAACCACCUGGGAUACCAGUUCCUGCAAAGGCUGUUCGAGAAGUACGACCAUGAUAAGGACUCGGCCCUGUCUCCGCCGGAGCUGAAGAACCUGUUCAGCGUUUUUCCCUACAUGCCCUGGGGCCCAGAUGUCCACACCACUGUGUGCACCAACCAGGACGGGUUCAUAUCCCUGCAUGGCUAUCUGUGCCAGUGGACGCUGACGGCAUUCCUGGAUGUCCAUCGGUGCCUAGAGUACCUGGGAUACUUCGGCUACCCAGUCCUCAUGGAGCAGGAGUCUCAGACUGCAGCAAUAACAGUCACCCGGGAGAAGAAGCUGGACCUGGACAAGGGCCAGACCCAGAGGGACGUGCUUCUCUGCAAGGUGAUCGGGCCCCGAGGAACUGGCAAGACUGCAUUCCUGCAGGCCUUCCUGGGGAAGAGCUUGUCGAAGCAGAAGAGCUCCACUGGCCAGUUUUCCUACUACACCAUAAACACAGUACAGGUCAACAGCCAGGAGAAGUAUUUAAUUCUGUAUGAGGUGGACGUCGAUACGGAGUUUCUCAAGGCCUCCGACGCCGCCUGCGAUGUGGCCUGUCUCAUGUAUGAUGUCACCGACCCCAAAUCCUUUAACUACUGCGCCAGCAUCUACAAGCAACACUACAUGGACAGCCGGAUCCCCUGCGUCGUCGUGGCGUCCAAGUCGGACCUACCGGAGCAGAAGCAGCAGCACGGGAUUUCCCCCGCGGAGUUCUGCUACAAGCACCGGCUGCCGCCCCCCAUGCCUUUCUCCUGCACUGGCCUGGACGCCCCCAGCACCGCCAUCUACUCCAAGCUGGCCUGGGCCGCCAUGUUCCCACACCUCAAUGGCUCUGACCUCAGCGCCACUUCCUUCUGGCUGCGGGUGACUCUCGGAGCGGCCGUGAUCUCCGUGCUGGGCUUCACCGUCUACAGAGCCUUCGUCCGGCAAAAAUAGAGGGCGUGCUCCGGUGAACCUGCAGGACGGAGUCUGACAAGGGGGUGGGAGGAGGCCACAGGAAAUCAUCAGACCUACAGCUUUGAGAAAGGACGAUAAGAUUGACAGCCCGUUUUAACAACACGAUUCUUUCCUGCAGCUUCAGAGCCAGUGAUGAUAGAGAGAACUUUUCACGUGAUCGUUGCCACUACCUGCAGUGGGCACAAACUGCACCCUCGAAGUGUUUGUGUCCGCGUGAGACGGGAAGACGGAAGAGCACAGCCAAACCCCUCCAGCUUUUCCUGUUUUCCUGGUACUGUGCCUAUCGGGUGACACGGGGAAUUUAAGAACAAGAACUUCAAAACGACAUUUGAUGGAUAUCUGGUUAGAUCCACAAAGACGGGGCGAGACGAGACCCGUUUUCAUAACUGUUCAUAUGCUUGUUUUGAAUUUUAAGCAAUCGGGAGAAUUGCCUUCUGGAAAGUGACACGCUUGUUCCAGGGUCAUCUGCCAUUUACAUUGUGUUCCAGGCUGGAAAAGUGGCCAUUUUUCAUUAAUCUGAAAGCAGGGCUUAAAAGUGAGCAUUGCAAGGGUAAAGAAAACAUUCCCCCCCUUUGGAAGCUAGCGAUCAGCUUGACCACCUGUUCGUACAUCAUUCACGAGCUCUAAAAGACAACAUCCACUGUCGCGGAAGAUUAUAACCAUGGAGACGCGACCAUCUGAUACUACAGCUUGACACGUGUCUGCAGUUCACCCGUGUGAAAGUUCAUAGCUUUUCCCUGAUGCUGCGCUAUUGUUGCUGUGAGUUUACCCAUCUAAAUGAGAUCCAUAUCAGUGAGCUCUAAAUGAGGUCUUCUGGAGAGCCAUGUUUCUCCUCGGACCAUUUAAGCUCCACCGGUCUCAGCCAGAUGGAAGAGAAAUGCCGGCUUUGUUUUGGAACAGUGUCUUGGCUCGGUAUGCGUUCUGCACUGGCCUGCAAUUUAUUUAAUUUUUCUACUUGAUUCCUGUUGACAAAGUUCAACUUUUAAAAUUGAAACACUGUUCUUUUUCUUGUGCGUCUCUUUAGGAAUCUGAAACAUAGCCGGCAAUUUACCAAACUGAUCUUUUCCACUGGGUUUGUUCUUGCAACACGAUGCAGGGAUUGUACUGUCUGGUCUCUCUGUUUGGAACCAAAACUGGACAGCCAGUUGAACUCUUUGUCUGAUAAGCCAGAUUGUUCUGACGUUUUGCUCUUUGAGACUUGUUUUCCAUAACCGUGUUUCGAUAACCAUCAUGACUUGACUUACCAUGUGGAGGAAGUCUUGAGCUAUCUGAGGUCUCCGUUGUCUGCUUUCCUAUGUGAGGGCUUAAACUUCGGAGGAAUGUCUCCAUCCAGCGAGCAGAAACCUUAGAUACUGUAAUAAAAUUUACUUACGCCAGUACAAUAGCCAUUGCAUUUCCUGUUUAAAGACAACAGAUCAAACCGGACUGCCCUGUCAGAAGCACACGGGUCAGCUGACUGUUAUUUAUCAAGGUUCUAUUUCAAUUGUGUUUCACUCGUCUCAUCAAAAUUGUUUUUGGUUUCAAAUAUGCCUUUAACAAAGCACUAGUCAGGAUAUGAAAAUCAUUAUAGAGCUUAACACCUCGUGGGCACUUGACUGUCUUUUUCCAACCCUUGAAAGCCUUUCUUCAGCUUGGCUUCUUAAAAAAACAGCAUCUUUAAAAAACAGUUUACAUGGCCUUACCAAACUGAGUAUUGUGUGCUGUGGCAUGCUAUUUCAACCUUGUACUUUUCUGAAUGCAGUAAAGGACAGGCUGCUAUCAGCGGGCUAACAUGUGUCACUGUUGUGGAUGUGCACCAUCAUGUAUGAAGCUCAGUGCUGUACUAUUGGGGAAUGUUUUUUAUUAAGAAGAGAUUCGGGUGAAAUAUACUGUCAGCAGAAUAUAGCUGCUGUUUGCCUGUUUUAUUAGAGCCUGUUUUAGGAGGCUCUUAAAUUCAAUCCUUUUUUUCCCCCAUUUUCUGUAUCCGUAACUAGUCUAGCAACAGAAAAAGCCUCUUGCUCCCUGUCUCCGGUCCGUUCUGGAAGCCGGGACGUAACUGUCCACUGGCGUUGAAGACCCAUUUCUGCAGAUCUGGGCAGAUCCUGACUGAGCUGGGCUGCCGACAUGACAUGUUGUCUUUCGCAGCUUGUGGGCUAGUGCUUUGCGGAAUCUUCCUGCUCCCUCGUUUCUGUGGAUUCAGCUGCUUUUGAUGUCUCGGGUUGCGCAGGUGAACCUGAAAUCCCCGCGUUAGGUACCUGGUCUUGAAACUGUUAGAAGACUUACAAUACGCAAGUAUAGCAUGGAACUGUAAGUGUGUUUCCAGUGGGCAUAGCUGUCUACACCAUGGUUGAUUAAAGCUCAUUUGUGCAAGAGCGCUGAGUUAUUACCAACCAAUGCCUUUUGAUUCGUUGAUUGUUCUGCAAUGCUUUUCUGGAUUUUUUUUUUUGCUUUGCACUGAGAUGCAACUUGGCCUUUCAAAUACCAUGCAACUGGGAAAACAGGUGUGCACACAACGCCGACAACUUGCUGUUGUCAUGCAGUAUCGUACUGUCUGACGUGUCAUCUCAUUGGAAAGGAACAGUUGUCCUCCAGAUGUUGUAUGUGGCUCUUGCGUCGAGUCGGUUGUGUGGGGGGCUUGUGUUGCUGUGGGAAUCGGGAUUAGAAUGGGUCUUUUUUUCCGUAUGUUUUCUAUUAUGAAGUGGGACGUAGGAGUGAUGCUUUUUGAUUCCCUUUGUUGGUUUCAGUUUAGACCUUGUUGGAGACCGGGGUUAUCUCACCACUCAUGUACACCACACACAGUCUUGUCUGCGUUCUCCAGCUCUGUCCUGGCAUGUUUCAGGAUGCCAAAAUAAUUACCCGUCACAAGUAUAUGCUGGCAGACUUCUUUCUGUUGAUUGUUUUUGGUGCUUUACCACCCUUGCUGUAUUCUCUGGGGACAUACAACUGUGCUGGAUGGAAAUUAUUGUCAUCAAUGUAAUGAGCUUUUGGUAAUUCUCUUUGGUAGCACAUUCACUCUGCGUUCCUGCUCAACAGGCUGUGUGCUGUGUAGCUCCUCCAUGCCAAACUAUUUCAGUUCAAAGCACACCUUAUCCCUCUCACCUGUUAUAUACCUGGUUGUGGACUUGGUGUACUUUGUAUUAGUGUGAUCAUAUGUUAAAACCUAAUCUGUAGUGUGCUGAAAGCGAAUGUCAUUAUUUUAGCUAAGCCAUGAUAUUUUAACUAAGGAAACUUUUUUAAAUAAAUUAACGUUUACAGAU